UACUGCCCCUCAGCAUAAACUUAAUGGUGGCCAGCAAACGGCAAGAGGAAUGUCAUCUCAGUUCCAUGCUGCUCAGUUCAGGAGCAUGAUGCCACCAUAUAUGUUCAAUGCUUACCCUCGAGGGCCCUUUCCUCCUGUACAAGGCAGCUUAAGGUACCCUGGACAACAGGAGAUGUCUAAGGGUCCACGGUCUGGUUUAAGACCCUCCCAGCCUCCCUCUCAGUCAUGGCUACAGGAUCCAGACAGGCCAUCAAUUGUUAGUGCCACUGAACUAAAAGAGCUAGACAAUCUGGACACUGAUGCUGAUGAGGGUUGGGCAGGUGAGAGUGACAGUUGA